AUGCCCGAAUCAGUGCCCAAAGUGGCCGUUGGAGAGAGUACUCCGAACGGCGGGCUCGAUGACUCGGAAGAAAAAUCAGUAAAGGCCGAAAUUGAUGGUACUGCUACUCAAAAUUCUGAAGAUAGUGCUGGUCAUCAAGCACUCGAAGAUCAAGGCGUCGAAGUACUAGAGGAAAUUGGUGCCGUGCCGGUUUUGGAUGCUGAAGUCGAUCUGGGAAGGCUUGACGACAGAGCUAGUCAUACGGAAAGGACCUCCAAAAAGCGCUGA